GAGAAAUGUAUGUAUAUGAUAAAUAGUCAAUUCAAUUCGGUUUUCCGUUUAGGAUCUACUUAUAGUGGAAAUUUGGACGGAUGGUACGGUCCAUCUGGUAGGGAGUGGGUCUACGAUGUGGACGGCGUGAUCAACAGCACGGCGGCACAUGCCAUCGCCAGUGUGGGAUUGGGUGUCACUACGGAAGCUGUUUGGAUGCUGCGGGAAAACGCGAUGAUCAAGUGCCCGCCGCGGAAUGAUAGUCUACGCAGCUGCAAGCCGUUGGAAGAAGCGUGCCUCUUCAACAUCUAUCAGGAUCCUUGUGAAGAUAACAAUCUUGCUAAACAGUUUCCAACGAUCGUCAGAAAACUGCAGGACGAACUGAAGAAGUUCAACAACAGUGCAAUUCCACCUGCAAAUCUUCCGUGGGACCUUAGGGGCGUUCCGAGUCUGUGGGAUCAUACUUGGAACAACUUCGGAGAUUACAUUAAUGUCAUGACGAACGCUGCAACCUGUGUUAUGUAUGAAUACUUUAGUAUCUUUUUAUUUCUUUUUUUUUACUUCUUUUUCCGUUGAACGAAACUGUGUGCUUUGUGGAACACACUCACCUCUCUAGCAGUCUUUUGUAACUCUCUCUCUGCAAUAAAACGUAACCGUCAAGUUAUACUAAA